AUGUCGUCACCCAUUCCAGUGAUCGGCCUUUCAAGUGUGGCUACUGUGGCAGGGCGUUUGCUGGUGCUACUACAUUAA